AUGGCAUACACCGACGACGCCGUCCAGGCCAAGCUGUCAGCCCUCAAUGAGACGCAGGAGGGCAUCGUCACUGUCGCCCAAUGGAUCAUGUUCCAUAGGCGCCAUGCCGACCGCACUGCACAGCUCUGGAUGCAGCGCCUGAAAGACUCCACUCCGAACAAGCGCCUCAGCUUGAUCUACCUAGCCAACGAGGUCGUCCAGCAAUCCAAGGCGCGCAAGAAGACCGAGUUUGUCGCCGCUUUCUCGCCCAUCAUCGCCGAGUCGACCUCCGCCGCGUACAAGGGAGCUCCGUACGACAUCCAGCAGAAGCUGCGACGGGUCAUUGAGGUCUGGCGUCAGAGGGUCAUCUUCGAUCCUCCGGUCCAGGACCAGAUAGAAAGGAACUUAGACGAGCUGGACAAAACCCGCGCACCUGGCAAGAAGGCCACCCUCGGCGGUUCCCUCUUCUCGAGCGGCUCCUCCGUCCCGCAAGAGCUCCAGCCCCUCGUGCCCCUUCAAAGCGCCCUCACCAAGGCCGACAAUGCCUCCAAGUCCAACGUCACGCACGCCUACAGUGAAUAUGACAAGCUGAUCGAUCCGGCCAACCCCGUCCCGACACCGCCCGUCCACGCCGCCCGCUUGUCACAAGUCCUCAAGAACCUCGCAAGCGCCGAAAGCGCCGUCGCCGAAAGCAUAAAGUCGCGCCGGGAGCUGAUCACAGCAAUGGAAAAGAUGGUCGAGGGCCACAAAACGACGCUCUCCAAAGACGAAGCCGCGCACCAGGAGCUCGGCACGCGCCGGACCGGCAUUGAGACCAAGAAGCGCGAGGUCGAGGACGCCAUCAUGCGCGGGCUGUCGACCGAACAGCCGCAACAAUCUCUUUCCGCCGGCCCGGCCGCUAACGACCCCCGCCGCCGCCUCCCCACCGCCGUCGCGACGGCUGACAACAACGGCGGCUUGCUGGACGAGCCCCAGCGCCCAGACGUCGAGGGCCUUACGCCCCCACCCAUCGAGUCCAUCACUCCCGUCGGCACACCACCACCCGCCUUCGCGGCGCCCACCAUGACCGGCGCGACGGCCGGCUUCGUCCCGGAGCAGCCUCCCAGCCACGACGAGCCGGCCCCCGGCCCCGCCGCCCUGGAGGCUCUCGCCGCCGCAAAUAUCUUGCCGCAGAAGACCCAGCGCGAUAACAGCGGCGACGACGACGACCAGGCCAACAGCUACAACAACGAAGGCUACUACCCCGGCGCUGCUAAAAAGAGAAGGGUCGGGAGCGGGGUUGCGGAGCAGGAUUUUGCCGACUUCGCGACGGGUGAUGCCUAUGAUGGCAUUGACGCCGAUGUCGCGGACAUGCUGAGGAGGGACUGA